AUGCCGAGUAAGAGUGCUACCUCACUGAAAGACAAUGCCGAAGGCACCCAAUACAACAUUCUGCUCGGGGGUGAGGACAGGGGUGGCGAGAACAGGGGUGAGGACAGGGGUGGCGAGAACAGGGGUGAGGACAGGGGUAGCGAGAACAGGGGUGAGAACAGGGGUGAGAACAGGGGUGGCGAGAACAGGGGUGGCGAUAAGAGGGGCGAGAGCAGGGGUGAGAACAGAGGUGGCGAGAACAGGGGUGAGGACAGGGGUGGCGAGAACAGGGGUAAGGACAGGGGUGGCGAGAACAGGGGUGAGAACAGGGAUGAGAACAGGGGUGGCGAGAACAGGGGUGAGGACAGAGGUGGCGAGAACAGGGGUGAGAACAGGGUCGAGAACUGGGGUGAGAACAGGGGUGGCGAGAACAGGGGUGAGAACAGGGUUGAGAACUGGGGUGAGAACAGGGGUGGCGAGAACAGAGGUGAGAACAGGGGUGGCGAGAACAGGGGCGAAAGCAGGGGUGAGAACAGGGGUGGCGAGAACAGGGUCGAGGACAGGGGUGGCGAGAACAGGGGUGAGAACAGGGGUGGCGAGAACAGAGGUGAGAACAGGGGUGGCGAGAACAGGGGUAGCGAGAACAGGGGUGGCGAGAACAGGGUCGAGAACAGGGGUGGCGAGAACAGGGGUGAGAACAGGGGUGAGAACAGGGGUGGCGGUAACAGGGGUGGCGAGAACAGGGGCGAGAGCAGGGGUGAGAACAGGGGUGGCGAGAACAGACAAAACGAGCGAUGUCGCUAUGCUGAUUCAUCCGGCAAGCCGGUCAUCCAUGAAAUGUAUUUAUUGAUUGUCACGCGACAGUCGGUCUGUGCCACACCUCAGAUGUAUGGUAUAGAAGUGGAGGUCACUGUGCCAAUGUGA